AUGAAAUAAGAAUCAUUGAAUUUGAAUUACCACAGAUAAACUUAGAGUACAUAAUAUAUGAUUUUAAAUUAGCAAAUUGGAUAUUAAUCGUAACAGUGUUGAUGUUAUUCUUUUAAACUUCAUAAGCUUCAACCCUUGUUUAUGAAAAUUUUUUUGGAAGCCUGACAAACAUGACGAUGAGUAUUAAUUCAAUAAUAUUUAGAUUGGGAGAUCUUUCAAAUAGAAAGUCAUAUUGUUCAAUUAACAUCAUGUGGGACUAAAAAUAUUUUAAGGAUAGAUCCAUGCUCUAAUUAUAUAUAUAAUACAGUGAUUGCUAAAUCUUUUCAACUUAGAAGUCAUACUUAAAUUGUAAUCUAAUUCUUAUUUUGGAGGUAUUAUCAAACAUAAUAAUAGGUUUUAUUUUUAAGAUAAGAAUUUUAUUAUAGAAGUUGAUAACUUCGACAUUAUUUAAAUCUCAAUUACUGUUUAACAUGUUAAUACUUUAGCAGUAAUUUAAAUGAAAUCAGAUUGGGGUGGUUGGGGAAUGUCUAAUUUUCAGCUAUUUAUUGAUUAUAUUGAGACUAUUUAUGAAGGAUGUUUUUCUUAAACUUAAGGAUUUGUAAAAGGGUGUAGUUAUUGUGUUAAGGGAGAAUGUAUAGAAUGUUAGAAUGGAUGGGAAUAUAAUAUAAUUUAAAAAGAAUGCAAUCCUAUAUGUGGAGACUAAAAGAUUGUAUAUGAUGAAGAAUGUGAGGAUGAUAAUUUAAAACCAUUUGAUGGUUGUUAUUUAUGUAAAUUUUCAUGUCCUUAAGAUUGUUUUAAUUGUUAAUUUGGUGUAUGCUUAUAGUGUUAAGGUGGUUAUGAAUGGCAUAGCAUUUAAAAUUAAUGUGUAAGUAUAUGUAAUGAUAAUUGGUAAAUAAUCGAGAAUGAAUAAUGUGAUGAUGGUAAUAAUAUUUAAUUUGAUGGAUGUUAUAGAUGUUAAUUAACUUGUUAAAUUGAAUGUGAAUUUUGUCAAUUAGGUACCUGUGUUAUUUGUAUUGAUGGAUGGCAUCUAAUUGAUAAUAAAUGUGAAUAGAUUUGUGGAGAUUCAAUGAUAGCACUUAUUUCUAAUGAAAAUUGUGAUGACGGUAAUAAUAUUUAAAAUGAUGGAUGUUUUGAUUGUCAAUAUGAAUGUUCAUCAGGAUGUCUUUCAUGUUAUAAUAAAUCUAUUUGUAAUAAAUGCUAAACCAAUUUUGAAGUUAUUAAUUAUUAAUGUUAACCUAUUUGUGGUGAUCGAAUAGUAAUUUAUGAAUAUGAAGAUUGUGAUGAUGGAAAUGAUCUUCCUUAUGAUGGUUGUUAUAAUUGUUAAUUUCAAUGUUAAUAAGUUUGUUAUCUUUGUUAAUAAGGUAUUUGUUUAUAACCUUGUUCAGAAGAUAAAUAAUAUAUCGAUGGAUAAUGUAUUAUACCAAAUGAUGAUUCUGAAGAAGUGUCAAUAGAUACAUGUUUAUAUUAAGGAUGUCUAAAAUGUUCAUUAAAUCUAUGUAUCUAAUGUGACUCAGGUUAUAUCUUAGAAAAUGGUAUUUGCUUAAUGUGUGGUAAUGGAAUUAGGUAAGAUGAUGAACAAUGUGAUGAUGGAAAUAAUUUAAAUUAAGAUGGAUGUUCUAAUUUAUGUAUCAUUGAAAAUCUAUGGAAUUGUACUGAAAAUGAUAACUUUUUUAGUUAAUGCUUUAAAAUCACAACUCCAUUUAUACUUAUCUAAAUUAAACCUUUAAUUAUUAGUAUGUUACCUUAACUUAUACAAAUUUAGUUAAAUUAGAUUUAUCCACAUUUAUAUUCUUAGAUUAAAAUUCAUUCUCUAUUGAAAAAUUAAACCCAAAUUAAUAUCAAAUUAUUCUCAUUCCAUUAAUUGAAAUUGAUUAGAAUUAAUUUAAGAAUAUUAGUUAUGAGCUAUCAAUCAAUAUUUAUUAACCUAUCGAAUUCAACCCAAGGUUAAAAUUCAUAUUUAAUGCAUUGUUAUGGGAUUAAAAUAAUUUACCUGUCUAUCCGAGUCAAUAAUUUAUUUCACUUUAAGUUCCUAAAAUCUUAUCCAAGACUUAAAUAGAAACUGCUAAUAAUUUUUAAACUCUUAAUUAUGGAAUUAUGA